AUGUCAAGAAGAGUAGUCGUCACUGGAAUUGGUCUUGUAACUCCACUAGGAGUCGGCUCAAAGAUCAAUUGGCAUAAUUUAAUUAACAGCAAAAGUGGAAUAAUUUCGACUAAAUCAUUAUCAGACUAUGUUGAGUCUGGCUGGGAUACUAUACCAUCCAAAGUUAUAGGAAAAGUUCCCUCUGGCUCCUUCAGUGAGGGAAAAUGGGAUAGUAAGGACCAUUUUGAAAAAGCUGAAGCUAAAAGAUUAGCAUUGUUUUCUCAGUAUGCCUUGGUAGCUACAAGAGAGGCGUUGAAAGACUCGUGCUUCACUCCAGAUUCUGAAACAAAGUACGAUACUGGGGUAGCGAUAGGAAGUGGUAUAGGAUCCUUUCAUGAUACUUAUGAAAAUGCCGUUGGAUUCCAUAAUACUAGAUAUAGGGCUGUUCAACCGAUCUUUAUUCCAAGACUUCUAACAAAUAUGGCUGCUGGAAAUGUAUCCAUCGCUCAUGGAAUUAAAGGGCCCUUACAUUCAGUUUCAACUGCAUGUGCUACUGGUCUACAUGCCAUUGGAGAUGCUUAUAAUUUUAUUAAUAACGGUUAUGCUAAAGUAAUGAUAGCUGGAGGAACGGAGUCUUCAAUUCAUCCAUUAGCACUAGCAGGUUUUGCUAAAGCUAGAUCGGUUCUGACUUCAUUUAACGAUGAGCCGGAAAAGGCUAGUCGACCCUUUGAUAAAGAAAGAAAUGGGUUCGUUCUAGGUGAAGGAUGUGGUAUCUUAAUAUUGGAGGAUUUAGAUUUUGCUAAAAUAAGAGGCGUGAAACCAAAUGAUAUUUAUGGAGAAAUUGUGGGUUACGGUUUGACUGGUGAUGCUCAUCACAUUACUGCCCCAAUGGAGGAUGGUAAUGGUGCAUUCAGAGCUAUGAAAAUGGCGUUGGAUCGUGCUGGAGUUGAUCCUGAACAAGUAGACUAUGUUAACGCACAUGCAACAUCGACGGUCAUCGGUGAUAGAUCUGAGAACAAAGCAAUUAAUGAUUUAUUCAAGCACAAUGAACUUUUGAAUAUCUCAUCCAAUAAGUCAUCUAUAGGGCAUUUGUUAGGAGCAGCAGGUGCUGUUGAGUCCAUAUUUACGUUGAAAUCUCUCAAGCACAAUAUAAUACCUCCGACGUUGAACUUAAACAAUAUUGGUGGAAGUAAGGGUGAUGAAGGAAAACAGUUCGAGAGAUUCGAUUAUGUUCCAAACGUUGCCAAGGAGCAGGUAAUUAACAUUGCUGUAUGUAAUUCGUUUGGUUUUGGUGGGGUAAACAGCUCGAUAUGCUUUAAAAAAUAUGUAUAA